UCCUGCGGCGGUGAGCAGCCGGCCUGGGAGGCACGGUCCGUGCAGCAGCGAUCCGGCUCGCGGCAGCGAUCGGGCUGGGCCCUGGGAGGAAGGCUGUGUGCAGCAGCGACCCGGCUCGGCCAUGGCAGCGGCGCCUCUGAAAGUGUGCAUCGUGGGCUCGGGGAACUGGGGAUCAGCUGUUGCCAAAAUCAUUGGAAAUAAUGUGAAGAACCUGCAGAAGUUCGCCUCCACGGUCAAGAUGUGGGUCUUCGAAGAGACGGUGAAUGGGAGGAAGCUGACAGACAUCAUCAACAACGACCACGAGAACGUGAAAUAUCUCCCAGGACACAAGCUGCCAGAGAACGUGGUCGCGGUCCCAAACCUCAGCGAGGCUGUGCAAGAUGCCGACCUGCUGGUGUUCGUCAUUCCCCACCAGUUCAUUCACAAGAUCUGCGACGAGAUCACGGGCAGGGUGCCCAAGAAGGCCCUGGGCAUCACGCUCAUCAAGGGCAUAGACGAGGGCCCGGAAGGGCUGAAGCUCAUCUCCGACAUCAUCAGAGAGAAGAUGGGGAUUGACAUCAGUGUGCUGAUGGGGGCCAACAUCGCCAGUGAGGUGGCCGCGGAGAAGUUCUGUGAGACCACAAUUGGCAGCAAAGUGAUGCAGAACGGCCUUCUCUUCAAAGAGCUGCUGCAGACGCCCAACUUCCGCAUCACCGUGGUAGAUGAUGCAGACACCGUGGAGCUUUGUGGUGCCCUGAAGAACAUCGUUGCUGUGGGAGCUGGCUUCUGCGACGGCCUCCGCUGCGGGGACAACACCAAGGCGGCUGUCAUCCGCCUCGGCCUCAUGGAGAUGAUCGCUUUCGCCAAGAUUUUUUGUAAGGGCCAGGUGUCCACAGCCACCUUCCUGGAGAGCUGCGGGGUAGCGGACCUCAUCACCACCUGCUACGGAGGGCGCAACCGAAAGGUGGCGGAGGCCUUCGCCAGGACCGGGAAGGUACCCUGA